AUGGAGAUGAAAGAAGAAACUGAGGGAGGGAAUCAGAAGAAACAAACAAUAAUCGAUGAAAUUUCCGAUAGAUUGAUUAAUGGAGAACUCCCGACGAAGAUUCAGGCCGCCAUGGAAAUCCGUAGCUUGAUCCGUAAUCGUAAUUCCCCCGGAAAGAUUCGCGCCAAGUUCGCCGGCGUCGGUGUUAUUCAACCCCUUGUUCUUAUGCUCUGCUCGCAGCAUCAUGAUGCUCGUGAAGCUUCCCUUCUUGCUCUCCUCAAUCUCGCAUCCAGAAACGAAAGAAACAAGGAACAAAUAGUGACGUGUGGCGCCAUUUCUCCUCUCGUGAACCUUCUCAAGUUCCAAAACACGAGCAAGAUUCGAGAAUUAGCCACAGCUGCAAUUUUGACAUUAUCAUCGGCGCCACCCAACAAACCAGCAAUCGCCGCCUCCGGAGCGAUCCCGCUUCUAGUUCAAAUUCUCAGCUCCGGUACCAUUCAAGGAAGAGUCGACGCGGUCACCACCCUCCACAACCUCUCGACCUCCAAACAAGAACCAACGAUACUUCUCGACUCUACCGCCGCCCCUCCGCUCAUCAACCUCCUUAAAGAAUGCAAAAAGUACUCCAAAUUCGCCGAUAAAACCACCGCCCUAAUCGAAAUUAUCUCGGAAUGUCCAGAAGGACGACUCGCGAUCACAAAUUCCGAAGACGGGAUAUUAACUUUGGUGGAGACGAUCGAAGAUGGAUCGGUAAUUAGCAAAGAACACGCAGUCGGAGCUCUGCUUAGAUUAUGCCAGAGCUCGAGAAGUAAAUACCGGGAACUCAUUCUGAAUGAAGGUGCGAUGCCGGGAGUGUUACGGUUAACCGUCGAUGGAAGCAAGGAAGGGCGGAUGAAGGCUAUGACUCUGCUGGACUUGCUUAGGGACUCUCCACCGGAAAAGCGAACGAGUCCGUCGGUUUUGGAGAAGAUGGUUCAGGACGUCGAUGGGUCGGGGAAGACGACGGAAACCGCUAAGAUAGCUAAGGGCUUCUUGACUUCUUGUAUUAAGUUAGGAUCGAGGAACACUAAAGAUGAGCUUAUGAGGUGAUUUUGAUUUAACUUUUUAUCUGGGAGUGUAAAUUGGAAUGAAAUUAUGUGUAAUUGGAAUAUGAUAAAA